CGAUACCGAAUACAAUUUACAGAAAUUGCUUCCUUCUUCCCUAUCUCUUCUCUGCUUCCUUCCUCUGUUCUAUCUCUGUUUUUCCGUUGCUUUCUCUUCUUUCUUCUCUCUGAUUCUUCUCAUCUCUGAAACUCUAUUGUUGAUCUUCGCCAAGAAUUCAACUCUUCUUCUCCGGGGUAUUACAAAUUGGUAUCAGAGCUAGUUCUUGGCACAUGAUGACGAUCAACAUGAGAUUGAACAGUAUGGCCGCCCGAAUGGAGUGCCGAUUCGAUCGAUUGGAAGAAUUGCUUGACCAAACCUUGCUGCGUUUGCCGGAGACGGGCCGAACGGGAUGUGCGACCGUGGUUACUGUCGCUGAGGAGCAGCUGCCUUACCAAAACUUUGCUCAAGUAAAGCGCCCUCCACCUGCUCGUCGUAUUGCGCAGUUGGAGCCGUCAAGUUCUCCUCAGUAUCAACUUUCGUCUACGAAGGUAGCUUGUGAGGAGAAUCACAGUGUUUCCUCUCCGCCACACAAACAACCAAGAACUGACACCCUCGGCGAUUAUAUCCUCUUCAGCACUCCAUCGUCUCCUUCGACGGUAGAGAGCGGGGGUCUUCCAACCCCAAUCUCAUAACGGGUCAUCGGUGGAGUUAGUCGGACGACGAAGGAAGGUUGGGCGGCCUUCAAAGCUCGAAUGGAUGAGUUUAGCAACCAGCGCAAAAUCAUCCUGGCGCGAUUGGCAACACUCUGCAACAGAGUGAGGCUCAGAAGCCGCACAUCCUCGUUUCGACAAUGGGAGCUGAUUCCCACUCUGAGAGACUUUCACCUCCUGCUCGACAAAGGCAGCACUCUGAGCUGAUGAUUUCUUCCUCUGCAUAACCUGCAAUUCACAGUCAAACUUUCGGUAAUCUCUUCUCUACUCAGCCUUUGGAGUUUCCCUCAUUCAAUGGCGAGAAUCCUAGAUGUUGGGUUAGGGAGUGUGAGCGAUUAUUUUAGGAGUAUGAUACUCCAGAACAUGAGAAGGUCAGGGUUGUUACCGUUAAUUUCGAGCGAAGGGCAGAUUUAUGGUUUGGGGGAUGGACUUCUUGUCAUUCCAUAUGGGUUUGGAGUGAGUUUGCUGCGGCUGUGUGUGUCAUUUUGGAUGGAUCACUGAGACAAUUGCAGAAAAAAACAAGCACUACAACAAAUUCGGCCUAUUAGGACAAAUAUUUUAUUUUUUCAUUUUUUGUUUGUCAUAAUAGGUACGGUGAUAUGACAAAAAUAAUAUAUGUCCUAUUUGGUAUGCCUAAUGUGACAAAAAAAAUUGUUGUCAGAAUAAGUCGUCAGUUAAAGUGAGUAAUGUGACAAAUAUAUCGUGCCACAAUUAAUUUUGUCAAAAUAGGCGUCUCAUAUCAGGAUGUAAGAGACUCAACAGUGACAAAUUUCUUGUUGUCAGAAUAGUUCGUAUAUUUCGUGUCACAAUUACAUUUGUCAAAAUAGGCAUCUCAUAUUGGGAUAUAAGAGACACAAAAGUGACAAAUUAUAUCGUCAGAGUAGCUUUUCUCAUAUUAUUCCUACAAAAUUCAUGCAUAGAGGAAUUUGGCUCUCCCGCAAAUCCCCCCCCCCCCCCCCAAUUCUAAAUUUUGGCUCAUCAAAUAUUUGGAUCCACAAUUCCAAAUUUUUUGGCUAAGUAUUACCGCCCAAGCCAAAGUGCCAAACCCACACUCUCCAUUCCAAAUAAAACAAAAGGCUAAAAAGCAGUGUUUUCAAAACUAGGUCGGUCUGCGAACCGGGUUAGCAAAAGGUUUAAAGUUGGAUAACCGGUUAUUAACCAUUAAAAAGCCGAUCAUAAAAUCGUUGAUAUAAAUUUUUUCAGAUAAAUAAAGGCUUCAUGGUACAUCUACAUAUUGCUACUAAUUUUGAAAUUGAUAAUUAUAUAUCCCACAUAUUCAAUAACACAAUUUAAGAUUAAAAAGUUAGAUUUACUCAAAACUUUAUUUUUGGAAUCUGCAUUUUAUUAAUUAAGGUGGUCCAAACGACCCCCAAAAUUGAUAACGGUGUCAUAAUUUAUCUCUCUCUCUCUCUAGUUACUUAUUGACCCAACCCUCUAUAAUUUCUCAUUUUUCAGAUCACCGCCAAUCCCAUCUCUACUUCUCCGCCGCUUCACUGCUCCCAACUCUCUGAGGGCUCAAACUCGAUUCUUCUUCCCUCGCUCCAAGCCCUUGCACCAUUUCCUCCCGCCUCCGUCGCCUCUCCUCUAGCGCCUAGUCCGCCCUACUGCUUUUGAGAUGCUUGCUCCUGCCAAGAUUUUUAGUUGAUAUAGUCAACACUGAUAGCUCCAAAAACGCCAGCCCGGGUGAGGCGGUUCUCCAGGUUAAUCGAUUCCACGUUCUUUCCUGUUUGUUAUGGGGUUUUGUUGGCGGAACAAAAAUGUUUUAGUGGU